UUUAUUAGCUGGUUUUGCAUAUUUUAUUCUUUGGUUUCAGCAAAGUCACAAACAAAUUUUCGGACAUUGAUAAUAUUGUUUGGAAGAUAUUCCCAAUUUCAGAUUGCCAUUCCAAUAUCCAAUUCCAGCAGACGCAGCAGACUUUUGCCCUUUAUCGGAAAUGUGAAAUUAUGUUUGGGAAAUACCUGUCCUAGUAAAUGUGAGAUGUUCCUUGGGCCCGGACAUCUAGGCGAUCGGACUAGAGAUUGUAUAGCUCUAAUACAGAAUAUGAUGCACUAACCCUGAAAUGCAAAAAUAUUGUGCAGGUGGAGUUUUCAACCACUAGAAUGGCCGAUGUUGUUUCCGUUGUCUUGGAGAGCUUGAUCAGAUUUAUCUCAAACGAAGCCAAUUUGCUUCUUGGAGUGAAGGAUCAAGUCAAUUUACUUAAAGAUGAUCUGGGAAUCAUGAAUGCCUUCCUCAAAGAUUCGUCCGGGAAGCGUGGUGAGCAUCAUCUCGUGAAAGAGGUGGUGGACCAGAUCAAAGAAGCUGCUCUUGAGGCUGAAAAUGUUAUAGACACAUAUGUGGCUCGAGUCAUAAAGCAUGAUAGGAAAAACCCAGUUGGUAAAUUGAUUCAUACAAUUGGCCAUGCAAAUAAGCUUCAUGAUGUUGUAGGGAAGACAAACAACAUCAAAAACAAAAUAAGAAAUAUUUAUGAUAAUAAAGCUAAGUACCACAUCGUGGAAGCUGAAUCCAGCGUCGAUGCAGAGGCGGUACGAUCACUUCAGAGAAGGAGGAGAAAAGUUGAGGAAGAUGAUGUGGUCGGCUUUUCCAGGAGCGCUGAAAGACUGGUAAGCCAACUCACUGAUCGAUAUAAUUUACGACUUGAUAUCAUUUCUAUCAUCGGUAUGGGCGGAUUGGGAAAGACAACACUUGCUAGAAAAAUCUAUAAUGAUACUUGUGUCAAGAGUUAUUUUGAUUGUUGUGCAUGGGUUUUUGUCUCUCAAGAAUGCAAAAUAAGAAGCUUGUUUCUUGACUUAUUUAAGUAUUUCAAUUUGUCAAAUUCGGAUGAGAUGUCUCAUGAAGAACUUGAAGCAACGCUGCGUGGCUACCUAAGAGGGAAAAGAUACUUUGUUGUCAUGGAUGACAUUUGGAAAACUGAAGUAUGGGAGGAGAUAAAAGAUGCUUUUCCUGAUGACUCAAAUGGAAGUAGAAUACUAAUCACAAGUCGUGAAAAGGAAAUUGCUUCCCAUGCCAACCCAAGUCGUGAUCCUUUUUUCUUACCGUUUCUUGACAAGCAUGCAAGUUGGGAAUUAUUACGCAAGAAAGUGUUUCGAGAAAAAAAAUGCCCUUCCAAUUUGGAAUCUCUAGGAUGGCAACUAGCAGAAAGUUGUAAAGGAUUGCCACUUUCUAUUGUUGUAUUAGGAGGCAUUUUGGCAAACAAAGAGAAGUCACCCCGAAUAUGGUUCAAAUUUAUUGGUCGUGUCAACUCGUAUCUUACUGAAGAUAGAACCCGAUGCUUAGAUAUUCUUGCAUUAAGUUACAAUUACUUGCCACGCCGUUUGAAGCCGUGUUUUCUCUAUUUUGGUAUGUUUCCUGAAGACUAUGAGAUUCAAACACAAGGAUUAAUCAGAUUGUGGAUAGAUGAGGGAUUCAUACAACAAAUUGGGAAUAGAACGAAGGAUGAUGUAGCAGAAUAUUACUUGGAUGAGCUCAUUGAUAGAAGCCUAAUCCAAGUGGCAAGUAGGAGAAGAGAAGGAAGUGUAAAAACAUGUCGCAUCCAUGAUCUCCUACAUGAUUUUUGCAUUAAAGAGAGUGUCGAGGAGAAUUUUUUUGAGGUUCAAUCAGAAUCUAACCUUUCAUGCCCUGGCAAGCCUCGAAGACUUUCUGUCCAUUGUGACUCUGCUCAAUAUGUCUUCUGCAAUGAUUGUAAUGCAUCGUCUGUUCGUUCUUUGCUGUUCUUUUGCCAAGGGGGUGAUUUCUUGGAAAAGCAGUGGGAAUGGGUUUUGGAAGGCUUCAAGUUCAUUCGGGUGUUGCGGCUUUUGGAUGUAGGCCGAAUGCAUCGAAUUCCAGAUGAGAUAAAAAAGCUCAUCUUUCUAAAGCACUUGAGCAUACAUGGAACUUACUAUAUUGAUGAAAUUCCACCUUCUAUAUGCAACCUUCCCUAUCUAGAAACAAUUGACAUCCAGCUUCACCUAUCCAGCUACACUUGGCCAAAGAGUAUAUGGAGGAUGAAACAAUUAAGGCAUCUAAAUGUUGUUGCAGCAUUGAGAAUAUUACCCGAGCGUCAGAGGCAAAAGGACAACCACAACAAUAAUGAUGACACUUUAUUCAAUCUCCAAGUCAUUGAUGCAAUAAGUAUUGAUAAAAAAACAGUGCGUGUCAUUUCCAAGCUCCCAAAACUAACAUCCCUCACGUUAAGUUAUGAUGGUUUUGAAGCUAUGAAUGAAUUUGAGGUGACAGAAGUAUUAGUAAGCCUUGAGAAUUUGCAACACCUGCGAAGGCUGCAGCUCAAUGUUUUCCCAAAAUUUGAGCCACGUUUGAAUGCUUUGCCAUCAACACUCACCAGGAUAACCUUUUAUACGUCACACGUGGAUUCGCGCCUUAUGAAAAUCCUAGGAGGGCUUCCCAACCUACGGGAACUAAAGAUAAAACAAGCCAUAAAUUUCCCUCCCAAGCUCAUUAUGGAGGCAGGUGAGUUUCCUCAACUCCAAGUCCUGAAAAUGAUUUAUAGUGAUAUCAGAAUGUGGGAAGUAGCGAGAGAUGCAAUGCCAAGCCUCCAGGAAUUGAUCAUUAUUGAUUGGUCUUCGGCGAAAAAUCUGCCAGACCAACUUUGGCGCAUCACGGCUCUAAAAUUUGCGGCCAUCAGGAUGGCUUCACCUAGUUCUCUGCGCUACAAGUUGCAGAAGAAAUUGAAUAUUGUGAGGGAUGAGCAAGUUGUGGAGGCAUUGGAGAUCUCAAGUUAUUUGGAAGGACGAGUCUGGGAAUUGACCAUCAAUGAUGAAACUAAGGUCUUUAUUAUGAUGAAGAGUUAAUAAGUUUGUCCCGAUUAAUUUUUUGGUUUUCUCUUUAUUAUUUGCUUUUUAAUUUUUGUAUAUAUAUAUAUAUAUAUAUAUAUUUUCCUUAUCGGUGUUGGUUUUUGCGUUCUCAAAUAUAAUUAAUAUUAAGAUCUAUUUUCGUUAGAAGGUGACAGAGAAGCUCCCUGAUUCUAAGUUGGAGUACCUUUUGUUAAUGCUUCUGGUAAUUCAAUAACGUCUUGUAUUAGAAAAAUAUCAAUAAAGAUUUUUUUUUUGUUUU